CAGUCCGACGCGGUACGGGCCGACGGAGACGCUGCAGGUGACGGAGACGGUGGCACUGCCGCCCACGCGGACCCCGACGGCGUCGGUGAGCAGCACGCCGUGGUGGAGCGAGGUGGCGUGCCCGACGCUUGCCGUGACGACGACGGCGGCUGGUGGGAGCCUGACGCAGAACGACAUCCGCGGCGGUGGGAGCGCCGUCCCGACGCGGCUGAUGGUGGCGCUGCCGCCGCCGUUUCGAUGGGCACGCGAUCCGCGGCUUGGCACGCACCUGAGCUUUGUGCCGGUGUCGACGGCGCAGCCGCGCGGGUUUGGCGGUCCGUGGGGAGCGAUGCUGAGCAACGCGGCGUGGGUGCGCAACGCGACGAAUCCGUCCACCGUCCUGGAGCUGGCUGUGCCCGUGCACCGCGGUUACUUCAUUGCUGCCGACGAGACGAUAGUCAUUCGCUGCGACGCUGCGGCGGUGUCCGGCGGCUGCAAGGGAGUGCUGCUUGGGUCCUUCACGAUCAGGUCUGACACGCUGCCCGCCGCUGCCAGCGCCCUCUCGGCGAUCACCGGUGUCGUUGCGGGUGCGACGGCUGUUGCCGUGGUGGUGACCGGCGGGCUGGGCUCCGUCCUGGAAAUGCAGGCACUCGGCGUGUUCGCGAGGAUGUCAUGCGCCUCGGCGCAGGAGCGUGCGAGCACCGUUGCGCUGCCGUACUUCCUGUCGGUGUUCGCUGCCCUUGAUCCGCUGUGGAUGGUGGUGGGCAACGCGCUGCUCGCCGCUGUGUUCGGGUGCGUGCACUGCGGUGUGACGGCGGCCUUCCAGCGGUGGCGCGGCGUGGACGCGGCGAGUGCGUGGGCGGCGAUGCGCUUCCCGAGCCUGACGUACGUUGUGGCGCACGCGAUGCACCUCGGCAUUUUCUUCGGCUCGGUGCUUGCACUGGCGAUGCCCGGCGCCCGCGUGCUGCACCGCGUGGUCGGUGUCGUUGGCGUGCUGUACGGUGUGGCGUUCCCUGCUGGCGUGUGCUACUUGAUUGCCCGACACGCGGGCGCGAGCUUCACGAGGUACUGGCAGUUUUCGAGGAAGCCGCUGCACGAGCGCCUGCUGUACCCCGUCGGGUAUUGGCACCCCGCGGCGCAGCAGCGGAUGUACGGCGGCAUGCUGACGAACGUGAGGGGCAGCCGCGUGUACUGGUGCGUGUUCCAGCUGUCGGUGCUGUGUGUGGUGUGCCUGAUUGCGGCUGUGCAGUCGCCCGUGGGAGGCUGCCACGUCCAGUACUUCUGCAUGGCGGCUGUGCUGCCUGCGGGCGCGGGCGUGGUUGCCUUCACGAACAUGAUGCGCUCGUCCUUCCUGACGGUGAUGCACGCGGCGAGCUUUGUGCUCCUUGCGGCGCUGUGCGUGGUCAGUGCGGCCAACCACCUUGCGCCGAGCGACGGCGGUGCGAGGGCGUACGCGGCUAUCGUGCUGCUGCUGGCGACUGUGGUGCUUGCGGUCACUGUGUACAGCAUGGUUGUGUGGUACGCGGAGGACCGCCACUGGCAGGAGCUGCGCGAGCCGCGGCGUGGCGGACUGGAGGCGCUGCUGCGCAAUGGCGAGGAGAGCGACGAAGAGACGCAGAAGCCGCAAGAAAUGGCGUCAUCGUCGUACACCUCAGGCACCACCGUUUCGUCGUCGUACCGACCACCCGCACCGCCGUAG